AUGACGCUGGGCACUGCCAUAGCUCCGUCCAGCAUCGAGGCCGACUCGCGCAAUUUCGGCGGCGACUUUGCCCAGUGGUUCUCGUGGUGCCAGACCUGUGGCCACGGCGGCCAUGUCGCCCACAUGCAGGGCUGGUUUGCCUCGCACCUGGAGUGCCCAGUGCCCGACUGCGCCUGCCAGUGCGACAAGCGGAGCUGA